AUUCGACGUCUCCAAAUUGAUUACCGAGUCAAUGACGGAAAGAAGGAAAGGGAGCGAAAACUGUGCCUUUCUUCUUUCUUUCCGCCACUCGAGAGAGAGAAAGAGAGAGAGAAGGAAAGAGACAGGGGAAAGAAGCAGUAGAGAGGGGCUGGCGAGAAGCUGUAGUUGCAGCAGUCGCAGUUGUGGUAGCAGUGAGUGCGAGUCUGUCUGAUAUUUCUCGUGAUUUUCCUUUCUUUCAACCUUUUCUUUUCCCCUCUCUCUCUCUCUCUCCCCCCUCAUUCACUCCCUUCAACCUCUAGCCAAACUAAUCUUGUCUCUUCGUGCCCAAUUCUGCACCCUUUACCCCAAACCACCAAAAGUAAGCCCAGAAAGCGUCUCCGACGCCGAGUCUCUUUCCGUUCGAAAAAAAGGGGCGUCUUUUCUACUUUCUGUGUGUGGCUGGUUAUCGAUCAGUCUGUGUUUCUCGGGACCACUCUGAUCUUGUUCCAGAUUUAAAUGUUUCAACUUUGAAUUUCUGAAGAAACGUUAAGGAGCAAUUUGAAUUGCAAAUCACUAUGAUUGAAGGAAGCUUCAGAAAAUUUGCGGCGUGUUUUCUACUCUCUAUGCUCACCCAUAUUCGAAAUUCUUCUCUAGAAUUGGGUUAGAAUUACUUUCAAGGCUGUGUCUACCUUUUGUGGAAUUUUGGAUGAAUAAGGAAACAAUGGAUACCCUACCCAGUACUAGUGAAAUCGUUGAAUCAACGGAAGACUCUGAUUCUCAAUUGAAAGUGCACGAGCAAAAUGAAAAGCUCCACAGGUCAGACUCAGGAAAUAAUUAUUCUAUAGAGGAUGAUAUUAAUCGCCUUUUCCAGGCAAUUGACAUCAGAGCUAAAGCUAGAAGAUUGGGUCAGUCACCAGAAAUUGGUAGAGACCCUUUGCGAAAGAGUGCUCAGAAAAGGCCGAUGAGAAUUAGUUCAUUCCAUUCGUCGGGAAUUGGGAUCUCAGAGCCUGUGAGUUUGAAGCAAGCCCUGAGAGGACUAUGCAUCUCACAGGCCUCAGAGAUGGCUGCUAUGAAGCGAUUAUCUAAGCCAGGCAGGUUAUCAGGGGUCUCGGAAGCAGGGGCUAUCAAAAGAUUGUAUAGGGCAGUGGUGGUUGAGGCAGAUGGAUCUGGUGUUCCAAUAAAAGGAGGUAAGGGGAAUUUGAUGGAAGUCUCUCUUGUACCAGAAGAAAGCACAUCAAAACUUUCUGCUUUGACGCCUGAGUGCGCACAAGUGUUCGAAGAAGAGUUAUCAAAAGCAAGGGUUCAUCCUUUUACUCCUUCGUCAGAUAAAAUAAUGACAGAGGCAAUGAUGACCAAAUUAUCAUCACCUGGUCAGAUUGUUCAAAAAUUGAGAGCUGCUGAUUUGUCAAUUACUCAUGCUAGCCAGAACAUUCAGGGGAUGGAUGCAGCUGCUCCCACCUCAAUAGAAGUACCUAGCAAAACUCCAACGCUAGAUGGGGCGCAUAAAGGUAAGUUGCAUUCUCUGGCCUCCAUACCUAGCUUCAGCAGUGCUACUAGGAUAAACAAAUGGACUAGUAAUGGUCCACAUUUAAUGAAGCCAAUCUCUGGAAACAAGAACUUUGUUAACAAGAAAGUAGAACAGGAUUCAAAUUUUGCCUCAAGCAGCUGCAAUCCAUCUAGUGAAAAGGUUGAGGAUGAUUUGGUUCCUAGUAUAAGUAAUUUGGACCACCAGAGACAAACUUGUUCUAUGAAUCAUGAUAUGAAACGAAAUGAGAAAGCUUCUCCAGCAUCCAGCAGUAUGAAUAUAUGCAUUGAAGUCAAUUCAGGUACUUUGGAUGCAGGCUCAAGUAGACCUGGCUUCGGUUUGAAUUGUACUAACAGAAAUAAAUCUCCAGUGACAAAAGCUGAUGAGAGAUCAAGGUCUAGAGAAAAGGGGGAGUUCUCCCAAAGCUCAAAAAGUAGUAUUGGUGAGUAUAGCAGUAGCACAACCUAUAGUGAGGACAGCAAUGCAUGUGGGUCUAGUCGUAGUGGCAAAAGGCCUCACAUGUCAAAAGACUUGAGAUGGGAAGCCAUCCACAGUGUUGAGAAACAGCAAGGAAGCUUGGGUUUGAGGCACUUUAAAUUGCUCAGGAAGCUUGGUUGUGGGGAUAUUGGAACUGUUUAUCUCGCUGAGCUAACUGGUACAAACUGCCUAUUUGCAUUGAAAGUGAUGGAUAAUGAAUUCCUGGUUAGCAGGAAAAAAAUGCCGAGGGCUCAAACUGAGAGAGAGAUACUACAAAUGCUGGAUCAUCCUUUUCUUCCGACACUGUAUGCCCAUUUUGCAACCGAUAAGCUGUCAUGCUUGGUUAUGGAGUAUUGUCCAGGUGGAGACUUACAUGUGCUGCGACAGAAGCAACCAAGUAGAAGUUUCUCUGAACUAGCUGCCAGGUUUUAUGUUGCUGAAGUCCUUCUUGCACUGGAGUAUUUACACAUGCUAGGAGUUGUGUAUAGGGACUUGAAACCCGAAAAUAUUCUGGUCAGAGAAGAUGGUCACAUUAUGCUCUCAGAUUUUGACUUGUCACUCAGAUGUGCUGUCAAUCCAAUGGUGGUUAAAUCAUCUUCUCCUGUCAUGGAGCCCGCAAAAAAGAUGUCAAGUCCAUGCACUGAAUCCAGCUGCAUCGACCCAUUUUGCCUCCAACCAUCCUGGCAAGUCCCAUGCUUCACUCCUAGACUUAUAUCUGCUGCUGCAAAAGCUCGGAAGAUAAAAGCUGAUCUAGCUGCCCAGGUCAGUCCGCUGCCUCAACUUGUUGUGGAGCCAACGAGUGCCCGAUCGAACUCCUUUGUAGGAACCCAUGAGUACCUUGCUCCCGAGAUCAUCAAAGCUGAGGGUCAUGGGAGUGCGGUGGAUUGGUGGACGUUUGGAAUUUUUCUGUUCGAGAUGUUAUAUGGCAAGACACCCUUCAAGGGUUCAGGAAACGAGGAAACAUUGUCUAAUGUAGUGUCACGGAGCCUCAAGUUUCCCAAUAGCCCUGUUGUUAGCUUUCAUGCAAGAGAUCUGAUCAGAGGCCUAUUAAUCAAGGACCCUGAAAACAGGUUGGGAUCUGUGAAAGGAGCUGCAGAGAUCAAGCAGCACGCCUUCUUCGAAGGCCUUAAUUGGGCUCUGAUACGUUGUGCGGUACCACCAGAGCUGCCGAAGUCAUCCGAUAUGGAAUUUGUUGCAUCGGCUGCGCGGAAAAAGGAAAGCUCCAAGUGUAAUGGGCUCGAGGCUGCUGGAGAGAAUGUGGAGUUUGAGCUAUUCUAGUUAGAACAUGGCUUUUUAGCCUUUUCAUACCGGUUUCAACUGAUAACAUAGCUUAUAAUGUAAAUAAUCCAUAGAAGUGAGAGCAAAUCAUAGGUUUUUAUACUUCCAUACUGAGUCAGUAGCUAAGAGUCCGAACGGGAAUGUAGGUGAGCAUUUUUAUUAUUUGUGUGCUCACUCUAGCCUUGUUCAUGAGCUUUUCUUUUGACAGAAUUAACCUUGUUCAUAAAUGCGCUACUUACAUUUGAAUCCCAGGUUUUAUAUGCCGGUUAAAGCAGUUGUGAAGGCUUAGAAAUAUUUCAUUCAUGCACCAGUGCUUUGAUCAACCAAGCUAGAGCAGUGUAAACAACUCUGAUUGCUUAAUAUGCAGCCUUUACAUCUUU